GUUUGAAUGGAGGUCUAUUGAGAUUGCUUUGCUUAUACUGUAUAUGCAAUUUGAACUGAGGUGUGACAUGACAUACAACAGCACAUAAACAAGGCCUCAAUAAAGUGUGGUUGAAAAUAAACUACAGAAUACUGUCAAUAUCUAGCCUUCAGAAGAAGUUGGUGAACUCUUGAUCAAGGUUUGCAGAGUAUUAAAAAAAUUAUAUAAAAUGAAAAAUUGUAAUUGUUGCACAAAAGGCAUAAUUGAAUUGAGACACAUUAAUUAGGUGGAGCGCAUAUGCACAUAGUUAAUGACUCCGCAUAAUUAAAGCAAAAUUAACUACACUCUCUUAUUAUAUUUAUAAGAGAUUAAAAGUAACCCACUCACAUGCACGUAGGUCACAUAACUUCAUCAAAAUCAUGUGACUGAUGUUAUGAGAUUGCACAGUGUGUAGCAAGAGGUUGGCAGGACUAACGCACUUGCCCCAGCAACAGGAAGUGUUUUUGCCAAUGCUUGAAAAUAACAGUGCAUUUCUGGCACUCUGUAAAAUAAAUUUUUCUCGUUUACUUUCAGGGAGUCGUUGUCGUGUGUUGGAGUCCCCCCUUUAUGUCUUCUCUCCCCUUUCCUCCCCUCCCCUCCCUCCGUUUUCUUUUCUCUGCUCUGCUCUGCUCUAUAUGUGGCUCUCACGCUGCUUGUGGAAUCUGCUCCAAAUGUUUUCCAUAUUAGUUCAGAGCCCUGUAUGAUUUCGAAUAGCAGCACCCGAGCAGGGUUCGCAUAGAGCGAGGGCUCCAGUGAGGAGGGAGGGGAAGGGCAGGGAAGGGGGUGGCAGGCAGAGUGAAGGAACAGUCAGGCUAAGGAGAGCAAAAGAGGCACCAGGCAAGCAAGAAAAAGAAGGACAAACAGACAGAGGGAGGGAGCGAGAACUUCCAGUUGGCCUCAAAGGAAGAUUAAGAACCUCAGCCCAAGUGAGGAGGAAUUAUGGGGUCCGGGAAGAGUCCAGUGGGGUCCUCUGGAGGAGGCAAUGCACUCCCUGGCAAUGAGAAGAAGGAAAAAGCAGAAACUGGAGGCCCAGUGGUGGAGGAAGCCCAAAGGUGUUGUGGUUGUCGUUUUCCUUUGCUGGUUGCUCUGCUACAGCUUCUCCUGGGUAUUGCGAUAGCAGGCGUGGCCUUCCUCAUGGUGGCCUUAAGCCCCUCUUUGCUAGCAAGGGAAACACCCUACUGGGCCGGCAUCAUUAUGUGCGUGGUGUCUCUGGUGGGAUUCAUACUCUUCUGCAUCAACAGAGUGCCUGAUGAGAGAGCAUCAGCACAAUUUAUAACAAAGCUCCUGUACUUCCUCCUUUGCAUGAUGGGGCUGGUCAUCUCCAUGCUGGUCAUCGCCUACCAGUGCCACCACUGCGCCCUUACUUACAGCCUCACCUGCGAUAAAAAAGGGGAGGACUGCAUUUGCACCCUGGACCCUAAAGAUCCUAUUGCCCGUACAUUUAACUACAGUGGUGUGACAGACUGCAGAGCCAUCAAAAGCACACUACCAAUGUACAACAUUCUGCAGAUGGUCCUGAAUCUGGCUCAGGCCAUUGUUUGCCUGGUGGGGGCCUUCAUGAUAUGGAAGCAUCGCUACCAGGUGUUUUUUGCUGGACUACAGACGGGAUCCCCCUCUGCCCUGCAGUGGCAGAAUGUUUAGGGCACUGAGUAGAAGAAAUCAUGUGGAGUGUGGGAGUGUUUGUGCCUUUAGGUUGGAAACUUUUUGCUGCAAUAUCUGCCCCAACGGAAGUUUUGUGUCAUAUGUGACCUUUUUUAAAAGCAAUUGAUUGAUGCUAUGUUUGUAUUGCAAUAUUACAAUAUCAUGGAAAGUUUUGUGAUUUUUAGAGGUAUUUUUCUACAUUGGAUUUUUGAAAAUUUCCGCUGAUCAAGGUAAACCAUCUUUACUUUUGCCACUGGCAAGGAGAGUAUUUUUAUCUCUGAAACCUGUAUAUGAUGCAAAACGAGACUUGUCGUUUCGCAAAAAUGAGCUGCACAAUCUGUUGUUGUUUCUGUGGUGAUAACAAUAUGCAUAAAAUGUAAUUUUUACUUAAUUGUUUGCUUAGUCAAAGAAAAACACAUGAAUAUGUAAUAAUUUCAGCUAAAAAGAAAACUUCAUGCUGUGGAUGUACGGUGAACUUCUUUUCAAUUACACGAUUGCUUGGUUUCUUGCUAGUACAUCUUAAUCUGUAAUAUUGAGCGAAUUCCAACUUGCGCACAAAACAAUUAACAAGAAAUUACCAAUAAAUAACUAUAUAAAUGACUAUAAAUAACUGUAUACAAAAAAUGUAAAUAAUAAUUAAAAAAAACAUUAAAAACCGACCUUGCUUUGUGGGGCCCCCUGGUGGCUCGGGGGCCUUAAGUGGAUGCUUUUACCACUUAUAGCUAGAAAGGGCCAUGCUGAAAGUUAUGGUAGGACACUGCAAAACCUUUGGCCCCCCUUUUUAAUCACUCACUACAGGGGCCCCCACUGUUCCAGGACAAUGUUCCUGUUUGUUUUCCUGCUGUUGGUGCUAAUAUGUGCAAAUGAUGUUUAAAUAAGCAUUUUUAUUGCUUCUUGCGCAUAAUUUUUUUUUAAUAAACAUAUUUUUUAACUUUA